UGAGAUUGGUGUAGGAAUUAAUUUGUCACAAGGGUUUGAAUGUGGACAGCAUCGCAGUGUGUUUAUGCACACGACAAAUCUUUGAAUCAUGUGAAUUCUUUUUGUUUUGACUGAUUUUCUGUUGCAUUGAUUGCUGUUGUGACCAUUGGCUAAAUUGGUCUGAAUGGAGCAUCUUGGUAGUUAGUUCAUUUCACAUUAAUGCCUUGAUACGUUUCUCUUUAACCAUACAGAGUUAAUAUUAUAAAGAUUCAUCAUGGCUACAAAAGGGAACCCUGGAGACAAUAGAAAUAAUAGGAGUCCAAUGUCUGUUUUCAUCAUAGUUGGUUUGUGUGGUUUCUUCUAUAUAUUGGGUUUGUGGCAACGGAGCGGCUUUGGAAAGGGAGAUAGCAUAGCUGUUGAGAUUACUAAACACACAGAUUGCAGUGUUCUAUCUGAUCUAAACUACGAGACUCACCAUGAUGAUGAUUUUGGAACAUCUGAUGGUUCUGACAUACAAGUCAAACAGUUCAAGCCUUGCGAUGAUCGUUACAUUGAUUUCACGCCUUGUCACGAUCAAAUGCGAGCGAUGAAAUUUCCUCGAGAAAAUAUGGCUUACAGAGAAAGGCACUGUUUUCCUGAUGAAGACAAAUUGCGUUGUCUCAUACCUGCCCCAAGAGGAUAUGCAACACCAUUUCCAUGGCCCAUGAGUCGUGAUUAUGUACCAUAUGCAAAUGCACCUUACAAGAGUUUGACAGUUGAGAAGGCUGUGCAGAAUUGGAUACAAUAUGAAGGAAAUGUUUUCAGGUUCCCUGGUGGUGGAACGCAAUUUCCCAACGGCGCUGAUGCUUACAUUGAUGAACUUGCAUCUGCUAUUCCAUUGGACAAUGGGAUGGUUAGAACUGUAUUGGAUACUGGUUGUGGGGUUGCUAGUUUCGGUGCAUACCUGUUUAAGAAAAAUGUUAUUGCUAUGUCAAUUGCACCAAGGGACUCUCAUGAAGCACAAGUUCAAUUUGCUUUGGAAAGAGGUGUUCCAGCAAUCAUUGGUGUUCUUGGAACAAUAAUGCUUCCCUUCCCGUCCGAAGCUUUUGAUAUGGCACAUUGUUCUCGCUGCCUGAUUGAAUGGGGUUCAAAUGCUGGUCUGCCCCCGAAGACUGUUCUCGCUAUUCUGGAGCUUGCAAGUCUUGGGAAUAUGAGAUGGUUUUCCUAUAAAACAAGGGGUGAGUACAAGGCCUAA